UUGCUCCACUAGUUUCGUACUCGAGUUGACUCUUCUUUAAAAUUCCGCCUCAUGAGCCUUUUCAUUAUUAACGCUACUUCGCGGCGGUUGUGAUGGCUGAGUCUGCUGUUUGUCCUGCCUUUCAGCUCGGAAGACCGCGCUAUGACCAGAGCUCCUUCCUCGGCAGGUUCAGACACUUUGUUGACAUCAUCGAUCCCAGAACUCUUUUCAUAUCAGAGACCCGCUUGAAGGAAUGUGUUGCGCUGCUAGACCAUUUUAAACACGGAACUCUUCCUCCUGGAACAACAGACCAACAGUUGUGGGAGGCUCAGAAAGUGAAGCAGGCUAUCAUUCACCCUGACACUGGACAGAAGAUCUUCAUGCCAUUUCGUAUGUCAGGUUACGUCCCAUUUGGAACACCGAUUGUGGUCGGCCUUCUCCUCCCAAAUCAGACUCUGGCAUCCACUGUGUUUUGGCAGUGGUUAAACCAGAGCCACAAUGCCUGUGUGAACUACGCCAACCGCAAUGCCACAAAGCCCACACCAACCUCCAGGUUUAUUCAGGGGUACCUGGGAGCUGUCACGAGCGCAGUCUCUAUCGCGGUGGGUUUGAAUGUGCUCAUUGAGAAAUCCAGGACAUUUAACCCAGCCACCAGGCUCAUCAUACAGAGAUUCGUCCCUUUCCCUGCUGUGGCCAGCGCUAACAUCUGUAAUGUGGCUCUGAUGAGACACAACGAGCUCUCAGAGGGAAUUGAUGUGCUCGACAGCAAUGGGAAUGUGGUGGGCUCCUCACGAAUAGCAGCCAAACAUGCACUGAUGGAGACAGCUUUUACACGAGUGGUCCUACCACUGCCCAUCUUUGUCCUGCCUCCUAUAAUCAUGGCCUUCCUGGAAAAACGUCCGCUGUUGCAGGCCCAUCGCUGGCUCAUGCUGCCUGUACACAGUCUGGUGUGUCUGGCUGUGUUUGGCUUGUCCCUCCCACUGGCCAUCAGCCUCUUCCCACAGAUGUCUGAGAUCCAGGCGUCUCACCUUGAGCCAGAAAUCGCCAUGGCAACAGAUUGCAAGGUGCUGACCUAUAACAAGGGACUGUAACGAAAAGAGAAACACAUAGAGGCAGAGAGCGGGAGAGAGAAGGAAACAGAGAGAAAAGCAAAGGAAGCAGAAGGCAAAUUAUUCUCUGUCUAAGCAGCUGCCGUCAACAGAUUCCGAAGGCCAUGUAGCUCGGUGGAUUCUGGAGAGGAUUAAACUGUAGCUUUAGAGCAAUACUCACAUCCGAUUAACUACCUUACCUUAACUCUCAAGCCAUUUCUCUGUUUUUUAAUUUAUGAGAUUAAUAAUCAAUAAUUGUGUAUUUCUUAUGAUAGUAUUAACGUAAAAAGGUAACAAGGCCUUACAUUGUACAGGUUUAUUACAGUAUAUUAUAUGAAUGCACAACAGUAAUAUAUAAUAUUAUAGUUUAUAUAACUUGUCUAGUAGUAUGCAUUUUAUUAUAUUUAUUACACUUAUUACACUAUAGCAUUAAUGGAUACAAAUGGUCUUGUACUGAUAUUUUCUGAAGGCCUGGAUACACUGAGGUGAUGCAGUAGUAUUAAAAAUUCAGCAACAUGUGCCGCUCAUAACAGCCAGACAUUGGUGCCAACAACUAAUCUAGUUUUUACUGCAGUAAAUUUUGAUAUUGAAUUUUGAUCUGCAAGAGUAUAUCAGGCUCAUUCUUAUAGCAUUGUUUUCUCCCAUGGUUGACACACACUAGUUUACGGUACUUUGCAAAAGUCUGAAACCCCCCUGCACACACCCCUAUUUAUUUAAUUUCCAGUAAAAACAGCUAUUAGGUGCAAGUUAUUUGUUUUAUCAGAUAUUUCAGGGAAGAUUAGAUAUAAGGUAAUCUAGUUGCAUGAGGAAGGAGAACGUCAAAGAUAAUAAGUGAAAAAAAAAAAAAAAUUAAUUAUAAGCAAGACCUGGUAGACCACCAAAACUGUUACCCUCAGAUAAACAGCACUUAAAGCUUUCAUCUUUGAGAGAGCUCCACUGUUGCGUCAAAUCUGAAAAAAUCCACAGGUGUUUCUGUCCAUCCUUCCACUAUGAGACAUCUGAAAGGAUGUAUAGCUGUCAAGAAGCCCUUAUUGAGAAAAGAUAACAGACUAAAACAGGCAGAAAAUUUGUAAACAAAUCAAAGAAAGAAGCUUUUGGUGUUCUCAGACCACCCCAGAGUCUAGACCUGGCAUUGAAUGUGUGUGGCAUUAUUUUGAAAAUGCAACCAACUUCUAAGACUGAACUUUGGAGGUCUGAAAAAACAGCCCUGCAGAUUUUUUUGAAAAACAAAGCAAGACACCUGAAAAGAGGGAAAGUUCUGAUAGAUGUAUAGAAUGGACACACUAAAAACUGAAAAAAAUAUAUUUGAUUAUUGAGGUUUCUGUAUAAUUUAUCUGUUAAAUAUGUCUAUUCUUGCUGAUAAAUGAAUAACUUGUACUUAAGAGACAUUUUGCCUGGAAAUUAAAUAAAUUAGGGGUGGUCUCUGACUUUAGCACAGUACUGUAUCUGUUUCAUCAGAUACUCAAGGGUGAACUUGUGUGAGACAGCCGUGAGAUUUCGCCCAAAACCAGUGCCAAAUGUUCACAUUAUAGCAAAAUCUACUCUGUGCACCAAGGCCUUUAAAACGUGUACAGUAGGUUUCUGAUUACACUAGUUAUACAGUGCAUACUUGAUUACACAGUGCAUACUUUAUUAUAUAGUGCACAGGUUACUUGCAACUUUACCUCCUUUAUAUGUAUGUUAAUACCAAUGUACAACUCAGUGUACCCAUGCAUUUUAAAACCUACUGUUCUUAAAGACAGAAUAACAUUUUAGAACUUGAUAUUUAUCACUUGUACUGUAUGUCAAUGCCAGUCUGUGUCAAAAAUGGCCCUUUAUGAGAACUGUGAAUUGAGGAUGUAUGAGAUCUUUCUAUUGUAUUUUGCACUUCUUAUGAAAUAACAUGUAAUCAGAUCAUUUAAUAACAAUACAGAUAAGUAUAUUUAA